AUGUCAUCAACACCAUGGACUCCAAUGGGAUUAACCGCUGAAAUGACAACUCCGGUCAAACGGCCUACUCCAGAAAUUAUGGUAACAGUGCAUGAUGGUGAGCGUGCAGACAGUGAGGAAGAAGAAAGUGGAAGCGAGGAUGACGACGAAUACCCAGAUAAGGUUGUCGCUGCCCCGAUCGCUCCCACUCCUACUUAUGAAGAAGUGGAGCAGGAGCGACAACGUCAAGAGCAGUACGGCAAAGAGGUCUUGCAGCAGAUCCAAGCUUUUGGUGAAGCUGCCGACGACGAGUUCGAUGUGCAGUGGGCUAAGUCGACUUUGCAAAAAACCAAAAAGGAAGCUGAGAGCAGCGACACAACCAAGAGCGCUCCGAAAAUAGAAGAAAUUAGCAGUUUGUCGGAUCAGAAGCAGGACACUCCACUUGAGAUCUCGAAAGAAGAAGAACGAAAGAAUCCAUUCCUGGAAUCGCCAGAAGAUGAGGAUGUGUCUGUGGACAUGGAAGAAGUAGAUGUCAACCGUGCAGCUCAAUUUUAUCAAACACACUCGCUGUUUAUGCAUCGGCCUGGUCCCGUUUAUACUAUCCCUGAGGAUGUGAACGAGCUUGAUGGGACCAUCGACAAUUCGGAAAGCAGAAUGAUAGCGAGGGAAAAGAAGCGACAAGCAGCUCGAUCCGUUGCAAAUUCGAUUAUUGGGCUGUACGGUCAGACACCGCUUUUGCCCUUUUCGGCCAAGCCUUCGACUACGACGACGUCGUCGACGACGGCUGUGGCGACGACUGCAUACACAAUAAUCAGCUUCGAUUCUAGCCUUCUAGGCCAA